GACGAAAAUUUUAACUUAACAAUAUGGGAUGAAUAUGGACCAACUGAGGCUACAGUUGGUACAUGUAAUAGCAAGAUAUGUUUAGAUAAAGACUUAACAAUAGAUAAUAACUUAAUGCCAUUACCGAUAGGAGGGAUAGGAGAAUUAUAUAUAGGAGGAGUAGGACUCGCUAGAGGAUAUUUAAACAGACCAGACCUUACUGCAGAGAAAUUUAUUGCUAAUCCAUUUCAAACAGAAGAAGAGAAAGUUUAUAAUAAGAAUACCCGUCUAUAUAAAACAGGAGAUUUAGUACGUUGGUUACCUGAUGGCAAUUUAGAAUAUAUAGGACGUAAUGAUUUUCAAGUAAAGAUCAGAGGAUAUCGAAUAGAAUUAGGAGAAAUAGAAAAUGCUUUAUCAAGUUAUGAUGGGAUAGGACAAAGUGUUGUAAUUGCUAAAGAACAUAAAAAUACUGAAGAAGACUUAGUAGUUAAUAAAUAUUUAGUAGGUUACUAUGUAUCAGAAUCUAAAUUAGAUGAAGAAAAUAUUAUAGGUUAUCUACAAAAGAAAUUACCAGAAUAUAUGAUACCAUCUGUGCUAGUGUACUUAAAGGAAUUACCAUUAACAAUCAAUGGUAAGUUAGAUAGAAAGGCAUUACCUGAGCCUGAGUUCAGUAGUGGGGAUAAUUAUGUAGCUCCACGUAAUGAAGUAGAAAAGCAAGUAUGUGAGAUUUGGACCAAUGUACUAGGUUUGGCUGUAGAUAAAGUUGGUAUCCGUGAUGAUUUCUUUAGAUUAGGUGGUAAUAGUAUUGUAGCAAUAAGAUUGGUUAGUCAGUUAAAUAAAAAGUUAAAUAGUGAUAUUGCUCUAUCUUCAAUAUUUAAACAUAGAACAAUACAGGAAUUAGUUCAUUAUUUUAAAUAUAGUACUGAAGAUAAAGUGAUAAUAAAUAAAGCUGUUAUCACUAACGUAGAAGAGCAAUUAUUGUCCUUUGCUCAAGAGAGAUUAUGGUUUAUUGACAAGUAUGAAGAAGGAACUAAUGCUUAUAAUAUACCAAUGGUAUUUAAAUUAUCUAAGGAUAUUAAAUUAGAUAUAUUAGAAAAAAGUGUAAAAAGUAUAGUUACUAGACAUGAAAUAUUAAGAACUUUGAUUAAAGAAGAUAGUAAAGGUAAUGGCUAUCAAGUUGUUAUAAAUGAUCAAGAACAUCCCCUUGAGAUAAUCAAAGUAAAUAUAAUUAAUCAUUUACAAUUAGAUCGAGAAUUAGAAAAACAAAUAAAUUAUAUAUGUGAUCUAACUAAAGAGUAUCCAAUAAGAGCAUGUUUAUAUUUAUUGGAUAAUAUAAAAGUAGAGUAUUACCUAAGUAUAGUAAUACAUCAUAUAGCUUUUGAUGGGUGGUCUGCUGAUAUAUUUUUAAGAGAAUUACAAGAAUAUUAUAACUACUAUUUGAACCAAUUUCAGGGUUUAGAAAGUAACAUAGAAUUACCAAAUUUAAGUAUACAAUAUAAAGAUUUUGCAUUAUGGCAGAGAAAUUAUCUAAGUGGAGACAGAUUAGCUAAACAAUUAGAAUAUUGGAAAAAUAAACUAGAAAAUUAUGAAACACUAAAUCUGAUUAGUGAUAAACCAAGACCUAGUCAAAUAAGUUAUCAAGGUUCAGAUGUAAGUUUAUACAGCGUUCUGCUCAGUGGCUACUAUUUAAUGCUCAGAAGUUAUAGUAACCAAGAUGAUAUAGUAGUAGGAACUCCAGUAGCUAAUAGACACUAUGGCCAGAUAGGAGAUGAGAUAAUCACAGCUCAAUUACAUCAAGACUUACCGUUUGAGAGAUUAAUAGAAGAGUUAAAAGUAGUUAAAGAUACUAGUAGGUAUCCUAUAUUCCAAGUUAUAUCUUACAAUAAAAAUAGAGAUUUAAUAGAAAAUGAUCUAACGAAUUUAUUGCAAGAAUAUAUGACGGAAACUACUUUGUAUAAAGUAGCAAGAUUUGAUAUCAGCACAUUCAUAGAUGAUAGUGAAGUUGCUUUAAAAGGUAGCUUUAAUUAUGCGCAAUUAGCAGAAAUUGCUUCUGAUAAACAAAAGCAAGAUACAGUUAAAGUAACUGAAUUAAAUUAUUUAGAUUUAGAACAAUAUCAACAAAUUAUCUAUGAUUGGAAUGAUACUGAUAUAAAUUAUCCAAAUGAUAAAACCAUCCAUCAAUUAUUUGAGGAGCAAGCAAAAAGAACUCCUGAUAACGCUAUGUAUCUUACUGAUAUAAAUUAUCCAAAUGAUAAAACCAUCCAUCAAUUAUUUGAGGAGCAAGCAAAAAGAACUCCUGAUAACGUAGCUAUAAUAUAUGGAGAGACUAAACUCACAUAUAGAGAAUUAAAUGAGAUGGCAAACCAGCUAGCUUAUUAUUUACGAGACAAAGGCGUAAAGCAAGAAACUAUAGUGGCAAUUUGUUUAGAAAGAAGUUUGGAGUUGGUUAUAGGUUUGUUAGGAAUUUUAAAAUCUGGUGGUACAUAUCUAGCAAUAGAUCCUAGAUCUCCUAUUGAACGGCUAAAAUUCAUGUUAGAAGACACAAAGUCACCAAUUUUAUUAACAACGCAAAAAAUAUUAAAACUGUUACCGUGGCCACAAGAAACUGAGAUACAUAGCAAUCUUAAAGCAAUCAAUAUAUUUUUAUGGGAAAAUAUUGUCCCUAUUAUUAAAGGUUACAAUAGAUUUAAUCCUACUAAUAUAACUUAUUAUAGUAAUGUAGCUUAUUUAAUUUAUACCUCUGGUUCAACAGGAGAACCCAAAGGGGUAUGUGGGACGCAUUAUGGUACUACCAAUAGGCUUGUAUGGUCUUGGCAGAGUUUUCCAUUCGAUUCUAGUGAAGUUUGUUGUCAGAAGAGUUCUCUAAAUUUUGUUGAUCAUAUAGCUGAAUUAUUUUCUUCAUUGUUGCAAGGAGUACCUAUUAUUUUGUUGUCAAGUAAUGUAGUUAACGAAUUGAAUAUUUCUCAAAUGAUAGAGGAAAUAUCAGUUAGUCAUAUAAGUCGUAUAGUCGUUGUUCCUGCAAUGUUAAAGGUCAUAUUGCAACAACCAUCUUCAGAACUAUUAAAGUUGCAAAGUUUGAAGUACAUUUUUUGUAGUGGAGAAAUGCUUGAUGUAUCAUUAGCAAAAAGCUUACAUAAAAUAUUACCAUGGGUUACAUUGAUUAAUGUAUAUGGAUCUUCAGAGGUUAGUGCGGAUGUAACAUACUAUCAGGAUAUUAUAAGUAAUUCUGUACUAUCUGUAGCAAAUACUACAGUAAGAAUUGGAAAACCGAUUGCUAAUAUUAAGUGCUAUGUAUUAGAUAAUAACUUAAUGCCAUUACCGAUAGGAGGGAUAGGAGAACUAUACAUAGGAGGAGUAGGACUCGCUAGAGGAUAUUUAAACAGACCAGACCUUACUGCAGAGAAAUUUAUUGCUAAUCCAUUUCAAACAGAAGAAGAGAAAGUUUAUAAUAAGAAUACCCGUCUAUAUAAAACAGGAGAUUUAGUACGUUGGUUACCUGAUGGCAAUUUAGAAUAUAUAGGACGUAAUGAUUUUCAAGUAAAGAUCAGAGGAUAUCGAAUAGAAUUAGAUAGAAAGGCAUUACCUGAGCCUGAGUUCAGUAGUGGGGAUAAUUAUGUAGCUCCACGUAAUGAAGUAGAAAAGCAAGUAUGUGAGAUUUGGGCCAAUGUGCUAGGUUUGGCUGUAGAUAAAGUUGGUAUCCGUGAUGAUUUCUUUAGAUUAGGUGGUAAUAGUAUUGUAGCAAUAGGACUAGUGAGAAAAUUAAAUAAAGAGUUUGACCAUAAUAUAAAACAAUUAUUGUCCUUUGCUCAAGAGAGAUUAUGGUUUAUUGAAAAGUAUGAAGAAGGAACUAAUGCUUAUAACAUACCAAUGAUAUUUAAAUUAUCCAAUGAUAUUAAAUUAGAUAUAUUAGAAAAAAGUGUAAGAAGUAUAGUUACUAGACAUGAAAUAUUAAGAACUUUGAUUAAAGAGAAUAGUGAAGGUAAUGGUUAUCAGGUUGUUAUAAAUGAUCAAGAACAUCCUUUAGAAAUAAUCAAAGUAAGUAUAACAAAUUACUCACAAUUAGAUCAAGAAUUAGAGAAACAAAUAAAUCAUGUAUAUGAUCUCACUCAGGAAUACCCAAUCAGAGUAUGUAUAUAUUCAUUAGAAGAUAGUACCAAAUUAAAAGUAGAAUAUUACUUGAGUAUAGUAAUACAUCAUAUAGCUUUUGAUGGAUGGUCAAUUGAUAUAUUUUCAAGAGAAUUACAAGAAUAUUAUAAUUACUAUUCAGUUAUCAAGGUAAGUUUAUAUAGUGUUCUGCUUAGUGGUUAUUAUCUAAUGCUCAGAAGUUAUAGUAACCAAGAUGAUAUAGUAGUAGGUACACCAGUAGCUAAUAGGCAUUAUAACCAGAUAGAAAACUUGAUUGGAUUUUUUGUUAAUUCAUUAGCACUAAGAGUAAAGAUAGAGUCAAAAGAGUUAAUUAAAGAGUUUAUACAAAAGGUAGGAGGUGAAGUAAUCGCAGCUCAGUUACAUCAAGAUUUACCAUUUGAGAAGUUAGUAGAAGAAUUAAAAGUAGCUAAAGAUACUAGUAGGCAUCCUAUAUUCCAAAUUAUGUUCGCAGUACAAAGAUUUGGUGCUGAAUUAUAUAAUAAAGCUGAAACUAAUUUAUUACAGGAAUAUAUAACAGAAAGCAGCUUAUAUAAUAUAGCUAAAUUUGAUAUUAGUACAUUUAUAGAUGAUAGUGAAAUUGCUUUGAAAGGCGGCUUUAAUUAUGCAGUAAAUUUAUAUACUGAAGCAACAAUUAACAGAUUUGUAGAAACUUAUGUAGGAAUAUUAACACAAUUAGCAGAGAUUGCUUAUGAUAAACAAAGACAAAACACAAUUAGAGUAAUUGAGUUAAGUUAUCUAAAUUUAGAGCAAUAUCAACAAAUUAUCUAUGAUUGGAAUGAUACUGAUAUAAAUUAUCCAAAUGAUAAAACCAUCCAUCAAUUAUUUGAGGAGCAAGCAAAAAGAACUCCUGAUAACGUAGCUAUAAUAUAUGGAGAGACUAAACUCACAUAUAGAGAAUUAAAUGAGAUUUACCUAUUGUUAAGUCUUUAUCUAAACAUAUCUUGCUAUUACAUGUACCAACUG